CAUUUGACCAAAAGCUUUACAAAAUUACAGUGACGUCAUCGCUUUCCCCUUUGACCAUUCUCUCCCCAGCUUCAAAAGCCCCAGCUCCCCCCUCCACCUUCUCCAUCUUUGUGAACACACACACGCUCUCUCUCUCUCUCUCCCCCCCCCUCGAUCGACUUCCUCUCUUUCAGCUUUAACAUCGGAUUAUCUCAGAAGAGAAGAGAAGAUAAACCCUGUCUUCAUUGAUCAAACCGGAGGAAGAUAAAGAUGGUGAAGAACGAUCUGUUCAUCACCGUUCCGAGCUUCUUCAAAUGCCCCAUCUCCCUCGACGUCAUGAAAUCUCCGGUCAGCUUGUGCACCGGCGUCACCUACGACCGCUCCAGCAUACAGCAAUGGCUCGACAGCGGCAACAACACCUGUCCAGCCACCAUGCAGGUUCUCCAGAGUAAGGACUUCGUCCCCAACCACACCCUCCAUCGUCUCAUCCAGAUCUGGUCCGACUCCCUCCACAGCAACACCGACCACGAUAACUCUGACCCCUCUACGUCCGCCUCCUCGUCCCCUCCCUUGACUCAAGAUCAAGUUAGGGUUCUCGUCAAGAACAUCGAGGACCACGCCGAGAACCGCCUUGAUUGUUUGACGAAGAUACUCGAUUUCGCCAAGGAGUCCAAUGAGAAUCGAGCGUUUCUCGCCAAGAUGGAUGGUUUCGUUCCCAUCAUUGUUGGUGUCCUUCGCAGCAAUGUCGACGGUCGGGGAGAAGUGGAGAUUGAACUAUCUGAGCACGUCGUAAGGCUCUUGGAUAUGAUUCUCAUGGAUUACGCCGAUAAAGAACAACUCAUGAGAUUAACCUUGAAAGGAAACCCAGAUUUCUUGUCAUCUGUUGUUCUAGUUCUGAAGAAAGGAAGCUUGGAUUCGAGGGUCGGAUCUGGAAGAGUUUUGGAGGCAAUCGCAGUGAACGGUGAAUCCAAGCUUCUAAUCGCCGAGAAAGAAGGGAUAUUGUCUGGACUAAUACGUCUAAUGAGUUCCGAGACGGAUUCGAGUGCGAUUGAAUCUGGACUCUCUUGCUUGAUCGCCGUAUCCAUGCCAAGGCGAAUUAAGUUACAGAUCGUUCGCCUCGGAGUAGUUUCGGUACUGUCGAAAUUGUUGUCUCAACCGGACACCGGCGUCUCCGUCGCCGAGAAGGUCUUGAAGCUACUAGAUAUGGUUUCGACGUGCCCGGAAGGCCGCACGGCGAUAUGCGAGGAUCCGAUAUGUGUAGCCACGAUUGUACAGAAGAUGCUUAAAGUGUCGAGUGCGGUGACGGAGCACGCCGUUCUGAUACUUUGGAGCGUCUGCCAUCUAUUCAGAGAUCAGAAGGCGCAAGAAGCGGUGACGAAGAGCAACGGGUUGACGAAGAUUCUGCUAUUGAUGCAGAGCAAUUGCUCGCCGUCGGUCAGGCAGAUGUCCAGCGACCUGCUCAAGAUCUUCCGAGUAAACUCAAAAUCGUGCCUUUCGAGCUAUGAUACGAAAACCACGCAUAUCAUGCCUUUCUGACCAUUCCAAUUUUCAAGAGAGGGAAAAAAAACCCAAAAUCAAUCACUAAUUAGAGAGGGAAACAACAAAACCAAAAGAAGAGACUCUGUAAAUGAAAAAGAAAUUUUGUCCAAAAAUACAAAAAUCCAUUAGAUUUUGCCCAUCAAAUUCCUUUUUUUCUUCUUGUAUUUUACUGUGCACAUAAAAUUCUCCUGUACCUUGUUUUUUCAACGAAGUUCAUUAGCUCAACAAGUGGGUUACUUCCAAAGAGCUAGAACUCUCGGUUAAAGUCUCGGAAAUAAUCCUUGAUGUCAUCAACACUCACAAGUAGUUUGUUGAAUGGAUUUGCAGAAUUAUUUGUACAGAAAAAUUGUUUUUACACAGAAUAAUACAUUAAAUUCAUUACCCCAAAAGUGGGUUCUCCA